AUGGACGCGACACUUGACCAGACGUCCCUGACCACGAUUUCGCUGCUUGAGGCGCGCCUUCAGCGAAUCGAGCACAUCCUUUACGGGCCCUCUACGCCGUCAAAUCAGCCGCCAAGAGAAUCAGCAGUCAGUUCGCUAGCGGACCUCGAGCGCCGCUUUGCGCACCUCCUACGCCACUACCGCAUCUACGCCGAAAUACUCAAAAUCUACAAAUCCCAUCCGACCCUCUUCCAACCUCCAUCCACCUCCCCAACCACCAGCACACCCACCCACCCCACAAUACCGACCCAACUCUCCCCCGAAGCCGUCCGCGCAACAGUUCUCUCCUACGCAUCCGCCUUCCCGGCCACCGCCUCGGCCCUGACGGCCGUGACGUUGGACAUGCCCGUUCCCGAUCCAAAGCUGAGCGCCGAGCUGGCGUCGUUGAUCCCCCGGAUGAAGGGCAUUGAGGCAACGCAGCUGGCACAGGACGCACAGAUCGCCGAGCUACGGCAGCGCAGCGAGGCGGCCAUGCGCGCGUGGUAUGAGGGGAGUGUGUUGAGGUGCGGCAGGGUGGUUGCGGAUGUCGAAGGGAGGUUGGAGAAGGUUGAUUGGGGGUUGAGGAGGGUGAUUAAAGAGAGGGAAAGGGAGAGGGAGGCUGACGCUGAGGUUGCGGAGGGGGUAUAA